AUGAGAGCCAGGUACAGGGGCCCGGAGGGUUCUGGUGUAGUAUCCCUCGGAGAUGACGCUACCGUGGGUCAGCUCUUCGACGAGAUCAAGAAGUCAACUGGCAUCGCCGAUUUCGCCCUAAAGUAUGGCUAUCCUCUCCAGACACUCACUCUCGCGCAAAAAGAUGCCAACGCAAAGGAUCUCGGCCUCAAUGGCCAGUCCUUCACCAUUGAGCCGGCUCAGCCAAGAGUCAUUACGCCCCCACCGCCCGUGACGAGACCCUCCGAAGGAAGCGCGCCCUCGUCCAAGAAGCCUCGCCUGGACUCUUCGGGUGAUCCAACCCCCUCUGACAUCAGCAUACCUUGGCCUGAACGCGAGUCAACCCUGCUACUACGUGUCAUGCCCGACGACAAUAGCUGCCUAUUCACAGCUUUUGGCGGCGCCAUUCCGGGCAAGCAGAUGGAGGCCAAGGAACUUCGCAAGAUGGUCGCCGACUACAUUCGCCAGCAUCCUGAUGAGUACUCUGAAGCUGUCCUUGGCAUGGCCCCGGACAAGUACUGCCGGACUAUGCAAGACCCAGACCGCUGGGGCGGCGCGAUCGAGCUCGGAAUUUUCUCUGACCUCUUUGACCUCGAGGUUCUGGCCUUCGACGUCAAGAGCCAGAACCCGCUAAAGUUCGGCGAGAACAAGGAGUCGCGAUGCAUUCUCGUGUACUCGGGUAUCCACUAUGACCGAGUUGCCUGCAGCCCUUCGGAGCCUCCCUACACCCAUUCUGAUCUCCCUCCCGAGCUGGAUCGCACCAACUGGAGCACUUCUGACGAGGCCGUUCUUGACAAGACAAGGGAACUGAUCCGCAAGCUGCAUGAGAUGCACUACUUCACCGACACUGUCGAGUUUCUGCUCCGCUGUACCGUUGCUGGUUGCGAGUGGAUCGGUAAUGGUGAGAAGGAGGCCAACAAACAUGCCUCGCAAACGGGCCACAUGGGUUUCGACGAGAUCAAGGAUGUGUCUCACAGUGGUGUAGGUGGUGCAAGUGCCGUUGCUGCCAUGGGAGAUAGCGCCUUGCGGAAGUGUAACGCUCCUGGUUGCGAGUGGCUUGGUACUAGCACGACCGAGGCUCGCAUCCACACGAGCAAGACAGGUCACACCUCGAUGAGCGAGAUCCCUGAUUUUUGA